CUUUGCGAUAGCAGGGCCGUGUGAAGUGUCUGGGAGAUGAUUGAAGAGCUGUUGUGAUGCUCUCGAUCCGCACAGAUCUGGGUGUCAUCUCUCUGGCUCCCGCUGUUCUGACGCAUUGAGGUGAGAGAGGGUGGGCAGGAGGGCCUGAUGACAUCAGCAAUGACAGCCUUUGUGGUUGCCGCACCUCCGGUGUCAUUUUGCGGCGAGUGAAAGAGGAGGACCAGCACUCCACCGCAGGUAUCUGAGCCCAUCAGGGAAGGCCAAGCAGCCCAUUGAGGUAGGGAAGCGACAACACGCCGCUCGGAUGUGGACAGAUCGUCACACCUGCCAUUCACUCAUAUGGUGGAUGGAGGUACUUGCUCGACCGACGAGCCGUCAGUAUCGUCAGCUGCGUCUGCCGCCAAUGGUGACCAACACAUUCACUGCAGACAGACACAACCAUGCAGACACACUGACCUCUCUCUCUCUCUCUGUGUGUGUGUGUGUGUGUGUACGUGUGUGUUGUGCAGGUGACGGCGGUGCAUCGCCCGUCAACCACCACCACCACCAGCAGCGUGCCAUCGAUGCCUCUGACGUGCCGCAAGAUCUCGCACCCACUGUCGCCAAAAGCGUCAGGAGCUACUCACAGCUGGAGGCCCUCAUCGACUCCCACCCCAUUCAAUUCACCCCCGCCGUCAUCCUGCCCAUCCUCAGGAGCCUGCUGCCCAUUGUGGUGGCGUCACUUGGCCUCGGUGUCUUUGUCGAGGUGCCCAUCCCGCAGCUCGCCCAGGGUGUGGCCGUCGAACAGCUCAGCCGCUGGCUGUGGAUGCUCGAGAGGGGCGGCAGGUGGGCCAGAUGGCGGCCUGUGCUCGAGAUGCUGUAUCUGCUGAGGGGCAAUACGCCUGUGGUGCUGAGUGACGACAGCUUCAGUGUGUUCGGCAGCCGGGCGGCCUUCAUGAGUGAGAGGGAGGUUAUCCGCCAGUGGAGGAUACUCAGCUGGGGGGUCACUAUCAAUCGUGGAGGCCAGCAGAGAUCCCUGAUGGAUCCAUCAGGCAGCAACAUUUACUCCUUCUCGCAACCUACUUACUCCUCGCCGUCCUGACCGGCCCCGACGCAUUCGACCCCGCCGACCCACCAACACUGCCGGACCAGCGGUGGGGUCACAAGGUGUACCGAACCUACACCUCAAUGGUAGCUUUCGUCCUGGCGGAGUGGCUUUGGUACGGGGACCACAACCGCCGGUUGUCUCACCGUCGAGGAUUCUGGCUGUUUCGCCUUCCGGCUUCUGCUGCAUAUCGGCGUGUAGAUGAUCUGCUGGCGGCCUCUCCCAGCGAUGCGGCACAGUGGGGGGCAGGGGCGGCUGUGUUCGACAACAAGUCGUCUGGCUGGGUGCGGCAUGAUCGGCUGGUGGUGCUGGGCAGUGAGGCGAUGGGCGAGGGGAACAACAUGGCAUUCAUUCAGCUGCUGGCUUAUGAGGGGUACGGCCGCCGUGUGCUUAUCUCCACGACGGAGUCGGCCCCUCACGACGAGACGCGUGCCGUCGUGAUGAGAGUGCUGGGGGAGCACCUGGGGGGAAUGGUGUGGCGGGAUGGGAGCGGGUGGUGGAAUGGUCCGUCGUGAAGAUAGAUAAGAGACACACAGAUAGAUAAUGGCGUUUUUGCGGAUCACUCGUCCGUCAGUGUACAGAUUGUCGAUAUAUCGUCGCUUUGGAGCAUGAGGGGCGAGAGAUAGACCUUAAAGCAAAGCAGCUGGUUUUCUUUCGCCCUCUGUCCGUCUGCAUGAGGUGCGGUGCGGUGCGUCUGUGUGUGUUACGUCGACUGUGUGCGGUGGCUGGAUAGCUAUGGUAUGUAUGUCUGAGUGUGCUCUGUGGUAUAGUAGCAGACAAAGCAAUGAUUGGG